AUGUCCAAGGGUGUCGUUGACCGAUUUGAAAUUGUCGAGGUCGAGAAUCCCGACGAGAACCUGCUUGUCCGGCGCCCGAGAAUUGAUCGCUUCCUCGAGCGCCACACCGAACGCACGACGGUUCAGGCAACCCGAAUCACGCCGGAUUCGAGGACCCGUGGAUUACCGGAAAGAGACCACCAGCGCCGCCUACCGUCGACAUGCACCGGCACGACGGUGUCCCGGAAGGGGGCACUCGAUUCGAGUUUGUCGAUCAUCUGGGCCGCGGCCGCACGUCCCCUCCGGACUCGACGCGAUCUGGAGUCUGGUGAGGAGUUGCCCGAAGGUGAGUUGCUGCAACUCGUCCACCGUCAUACCUGCGACCUCGGCGAGACGUGCCGAGGUGUGGGAGAACCGGCCGUUGGUGUCGCACUCCCACAGCCAGUCGCGGGAACCGCCCUCGAAACCGUCGAGCAACAACGCCACAGUCUGACGCUCGGAUUCCGCCUGAAACUCUGCGAGACAACGUCUCUGGAACGAGGCCGACAGAUAGACCGCCCCUACGGUGAGCGCAAACAUGUAGAUGCACAACUGAAUCGCAAGUACGCGAAAGUGGGGUUCGGCGUGGACGAUGAGAACAGUGAAGACGCCGAGGCCGUGAAUGUAGAUCCAGGUCAGGCUCACCGAUCUCAGACUGGAGAACGUCACGGUCCCGGCGCCCAUGAUUCCUGCCAUCGUCGCGAUCAGAACCAAGUCACGGAAGACGUCCAUGGUCGCGACAACGAUCACUUCGACGAGCAGACCCACGUAGUCGUAGCGCGGUGUGUGCUUCGACGGUCGCCAGCGAAGCGGUAUCCAUACUCGAAUCGAAUUCGCGAGGACAAGAAAGAUGAGGGCGCCGCCCAACCACCUGAGCGUCUGACGUCCGGGCGGGACGGUGUAGGUCAGAAUCACGACCAAACUCGCCAUGUAUGCAAGAUUGGCGAACGGCGCGACGGCCGCAGCCUCGUCGAUCUGACGGCGAAACAGGCUGUUGCAGUCGGUCUCCGAAGCAGGAUCAUGCCGACUCCAAUCGACUCAGACGGUUCAUCAGUGAGGCAUCCCGACACCAGCGCAGGCGCCAUCAGCGGGCGUCGAUCCGCUCGCCUGGCCAUCCGAACCUCCCCUGGCUCCCCACCGAACCCUUAUCGCUCGAACCACGUUUGUCGCCGACCGCGACGCGCGGGGAUUCGAGCGGUCGGGAACAACGCGGCGAUUGCGAGCAGCGCUGCCACGGCAAAAGCGACACGCAACGCGCUCCAGCCUGGCUUCUUCGUUCACGUCCACGAUCGCAUCCGCCGUGGACUCGGCGACGCCGGCGUCAUUGAGAGCGGAUCGGGUUGCGUCGUCGACAGGAACGGCACCCGAGGCCAUGUCGGUGCUCGCUUGCUGCACCGAUGUCGGAACCGCCGGAUUGUCUUCGAUUCCGGCGAUCGCCGACGUCGUGAGAGUGGCAAUGAGAACCGAUCCGAGUCAGGGCAGUUCCCAGGAUGCGCCGAGGUUGGUGGCGGUGUUCUGCAACCCGCCAGACCUCGGUGCUGCGUUGUCCGGACCGAGGACACCGUGACGGCUCCGAGCUGCGAAGACAGGCACCCAAGCCCGAAACCCACGAACAGCAUGGGAAUCAUCACGAUCACCGCAUUGGCGCCGGGGUCCAUGCCGCCCCUUACGAGGCAUCAGAAUGCCGACGACCAUGACCAACAAUCCGACUCCGGACCACGCGUCGCGGGUUCGCGG